UGCCAUGCCAUAUUGCCAUGGCUUCCCUUUUUUUCCGAUUCUUGUCUGUUCUCUUCUUUAAAAGCCUAGAAUCAAAAGGAGAGAAAGAAUCACCAAAGUAAACAAACACAGUUUCUUUCUCUGCCUUCAUUUUUUUUCUAUAUAUUUUUCAUGACUAUUCACUGACAACACUAGAUUGAUUUUUUACAAAUUGGGAUUGGGAAGGGUGUCAAAUCUUCUAAGCCUGGUUGUUGAAAAUUAAUACUAACACAAAUAGCCUUCUCUGUCCCUACUCUUCCUCUCUUAUAAUAAGAGUAAACCCACCACACACACACACACAUACAUAACAUAGCUCUGCUCAGAAAACACUCACAUACCCAGAGAGAGAAAAACAGAGUGUCUGUGUUGAUUUUGUUGUUGUUGUUGUUGUUGUUGUGUAAUGGAUAAAAGCUGUCAACAAUCCUCUGCAGACUCUACUAGUAGCAGAGAUCACUAUCUCAGACAUCUCAACAAGCUCUCUCAAAAGAUCUCUAAACCCAUCAUUAAGAAACAACCCACCUUUCAUAAUAACCUUCCUCCUCCUCCGCCGCCGCCACCGCCGCCUCAAAACCCACCACCACCACCACCACAGCAGCACCAGCCUCCGGUCUACAACAUCAACAAGAACGAUUUCCGCGACGUGGUUCAGAAGCUAACAGGCUCACCGGCGCACGACCGCAUCUCAACGCCGCCUCCUAUUCAACAACCCAAGCCACAAAGCUCUCGCCUCCAGCGUAUUCGUCCUCCUCCGUUGCCGCAAAUCACUAACCGACCACCGCAGUUGAUGAACUCCGCUAUGCCCCGCUCUCAACCGCCGCAGAACCCUGGUUUCAACUUCAACUUCAACGCUGCUUCCUUCAGCAACGCCUUCACCGGGUUCGGAAGACCCUCUGCGCCGUUAUCUCCGCUGCCGCCGUUCCCCACCGUGCACGCGCCUGCUGAGUCACCCAUCUCUGCGUACAUGCGGGAUCUGCAGUUCCUUCUCCCCACCAUGGAUUCAAAAAACUUUUCUGGGUUUUCUCCUUUACCUCCUCCGGCGUCGUCUCAGCCUCCGCCGGAGCAACAGGCGGCGGCGGUGUCUCAGUCGCAGUCGCAAUCGCCGUUUCAGAUGCCGUCGUCGCCGUUUGGGUGCUUGAAUUCGCCGAUGUCGUCUUACCCUCUGCUAUCACCAGGUCGUCUGCCAUUUUCCCCAAAUUCAGGGCAAUUAGGGUUUCCUCAACUUCCCCUUUCACCUACUGUUCCGGUUCCCAGUCCUCGAUGGAGAGGCCUUUGACUCGUUGACUAAGCAUGGUUAGUUACAGAAUCAUGUUGUUCUAUGAUGGAUGAUUUGUUCAUUGUACAUGGUGAUUGGUGAUGAUGGUGAUUGGAAUGGGGAUUCAUUCAAUUUCUUGUGGUUGGAGUUGGACUCAAGCUAGUUCACUGCUGCUUAGUUUAUUCUGUAAAUGGGAUAUCAAAGACGUCAGAAAGUAACAAUUUUGCAUUUUUUUUUUUUUUGCUUUUUUGGGAUAUUUGGGGGUAAAAGAUUAUAUGUUACAGAAAUAUAGUUGGAUCAUGUUGUUCUUAUUAUAAAAAGCUUUAUUUAUUUGUCUUGAA